UCUUUUCGUUUUUGGGAGUUAAUGAAGCGCGACUACUAGAAUAAUUUCAAAAAUAAGAGCUUAUUUAGAAUAAUUUGGUAUUAUCAAAGAAUUAAGGACACGUUUGAAGAUGCCUUCUCCAAUUAUUUGCUGUGUCUGCGACGAUAUGCUUUUCUACGAAAACUCAUAUACUUUGGCUUGCUCCCCUGUGCAUAGACUAUGUAGAAAAUGCCUCUGUUCGAUCAAUGUUUGUUUACCGCCAAGAACAAAUAAAAACUUUAGAUGUCCAGUUUGUCGAGAACUUAUAAGAUGGCCAUCAAAAGGUUUGGAUGCUUUUAAGAAGGUUCCAGAGUUAAACAGUCUCAACUAUUUGAGACAACAAUUACUCCUACAAUAUAACAAUCUGAUCGAGGAGAAAAUUUUGAAAAUAGAGUACUUGAUGACACGUCCUGUUGAUCCAGAUAUGGAGUAUCACAACCGUGAACUCAGAAAACAAAUUGAUAACGGCUACUUUGCGAAAAUAAAUCAGCUGAAAGGUGUGGCGGAAGAGGUUGAAUUAUGGGAUGGUUAUCCAUUCCAAGAUUCAAUCGAAGCUAUGAGACGAAGGCUUAAGAUAGUUAUUAGUCAAAAUCUGCUUGGUAUAAUGAUGUGGAAAAGAUCUUUAUAUAUGUAUCGACUGGAGGUUCUUGAGGGCUUGCAUGAUGGUCCGGUGCAGCCUCAAAACAAGUUUUUUUUCCAAUUCCGAGAUCAGAUAAAAGGCCUAUAUCCUAUGGCAAGAAAGUUUUUCGUUCUGACUUGCAGUUCAACGAGUGUUGGGUCUGUGUAUCAACUCCCAUAUGAAAGUCAUAUUGAACCUGAUAUGAUAAUAGCUAAGGAUGGUCUAUUGAAUAUGGGUAUAGCGAAGAGAAACGACAAGAUCAUGGUGAUAAGCACAGACAAAAAAGAAUGCUAUCCUCGCAUAAGAACGGAUACGGUUAGCACUGCUAGUGGUAAUGUUGUUGAUAGCGUUGCAUUUCAAAUUAAGAUAAAAGAACCUCUGAGAAUUGUAUGUCAUGAAAUGAGCUUCUCUUUGGUAAGUGGAGACAAUAUUUACAGAAAGCAAAAAGCAAAGAAGCCUGAGAUGCGUACUAGAGAGUUGAACGGAAAAUUCGUCAAAGCAAUUGACAAUGAUUAUUUCUAUCUUGGCCCUGACCACACUCUCCUAGUGACUGAUCGCGAUUUUAAACGUUUGAGAAAAAGGCAAGUAACGAUUUAUAGCACUGAUAGAUCGAAAUUUUCUUUUCUGCGAGAUAUACUUUUAAAGUUGGGAGAUGGUUUUCAUUUUCUGUCGACUGGAAAAUACAUGUAUAUCGUUCAUCCACGUACAUAUGAAAGCAAGGCUUAUGAGACAGUUAAAGUGUUUGGAAUUCAUGGCUUUAUCGAAUGUAGCGCUACUAAAGAGGUGGUCACAUUCUUUAUUGUUACACCUCAGUGCAGAGAAAAGGUUCUUCUUUUGCAGUAUUCCUUGUAAUUCCAAAAUUUAUCCUUAUAUUUGCAUUGCCCGUCAUCUAUGUUAUAUGUUUGCAGUUUUUUUGGAGACGGUUUGGUAAUAAAUAUUUUUGCUUUACAAAUAUUA